ACUUUGGCACCAAUUGCCGAGCGUAUUUCCAAAGAAUACAACAUCAGUCCAUCAAUUGACCCACUUACUGUCAAUUUUGGGUCGUUCAUUUUAAUCGAACUGAUACGUGGUGUUCAUUACUCAGCCCUAAAGAACUUCUAUCAUUACGAUAUUAUUGGGAUAUUCUCCACUAUCAUCGUCUUCAAAUAUGGUCAUCCUUUUAACAAGCGUAUGGGUUGUGUUUAUCUUACUCAACUUGUAACUGGAGUUGAUGAUUUUUUAAAUGGGAAGUCUUAUAUGAUUGCUGAUCUAAAGAAUGGUCAUAGUUAUUCAUUACUUGGGCUGUUCACUUCAUUGGGAGUAUUCAAGGAGAAAUAUCCUCUCACGGCAAAUUUACCCUACGAAAAGAUUAAAAAAGUCAAAUUUACGGAAUUCGCAUCUUUGCCCUGGUCUUCCACGGUUUAUUUCGAAAUUUAUACUUGUCAAAAGAAUGAGGUGUUGAUACGAUUGGUAUUUAACUUUGAACCGAUGUUGAUCCCAGGUUGUGGAGGCGAAUAUUGCAAAUGGGACAGGUUUAAAGAGAUUAUCGGUGAUCAAAUUGGGUGCGAUCUUUCAAAGGAGUGCACUUUACCUUAA